AUGAAACAUUCAAUUGAUGAUGGUGUUCUUCAAACAAAUCUUUUACACGCAUUUCAAAAAAAUAAAAUAAUGCAAGGAAAAUUAAAUGAACGCCAACGUUCAUAUUAUGUAGAUUUAAUUAAAGAUAUGCAAGAUCAUAAGUUAAAAGAAAAAUUAAAUAAAGAAUUAUUAUAUACAUGGAAAAAAGAAAGUUAUGUUCGACAAUUAAAAAAAAACCUACAAGACUAUGAACGAAAACGUUUUGGUGUAAGAGAUGCUUAUUAUGAAUAUCAAGCAAGAAAUUUAGAUUCUAUUAUAGCUGGUCAACAGGGUCUUGUUAUACCACCGAAAGAAGAAGAACGUCGUUUAAAUGUGAAUACAAAAUUUCGUCAAUUUCUUGAAGAUCAUCCACUUCAAACAAAAUCAUCAAUACGUCGUGUUGUUCAAUCAGCUACUCCUGCUCCUGUUCCAGUAAAAGAAGAACAAAAACAAGAAGAAGACGAUGCUCGUGGUGUAGAAGAAACAUGGAAACAAAUUCAUGCGCAAUCAGCUAUCGGUUUAAGAAGAAAACGACCAAAAUUAUUACCGUCUAUUCAACGUUCAUCAACAAUGGAUGAAAUUAGACGAAAUAAUACUCUAAAUAAAAUUCUUCUUCCACCUACUGUAGCUAUUGUAGCUAGUUUACUUGUUACUACAACUCCUGAAUUAAUUAAUGUACCGCAAGAAAAAGAUAAAACCGCAUUAGUACCGUUGAAAUCAGCACCGAUUGUUUCGUCAAUGGUUGACGGUAUUGAACCAGUGUUGAUUUCGUCUGAAACAUUAAAAAAACAGACUCGAGCUGAUCUUGUUACAAUGCGUAGUGUACGGCGACCACAAAAAAACCCAAUAGAUUUAAAUAUGACUUUUGAAUCACGAAAACGUAUUUAUCAAAUAAAUAAACGUAUGCAUGGUUACCAAUUAUGUCAUCGUAAAUGUGCUUUACAAUAUAAUUCACGAUUUGAUCGAUCGGAAAAGAUAGAUGCAGCUGAUGAUGACGAAAAUUUUCUUAUUGAAAUGAAUGAAAAUACACGACGAAGAUACGAAGAUAGACAUCAAUCGGAUAAAGCUUUUGUUUAA